GGUUUCCUUCUCGACCCGGCUGGAGGACGUUGGAGUCACAGUGAGUCAGGAGCGGCGCCGAGGAUCCAUCUUAUUUUUAUUAAUAAUUACAUAAAGACACACAGCAGAACACAGCAGCCAUGUUUUCACGAAUCGUCAGACCUUCCGCCAGCCUCGUGCGCUGUUUAUCCACAACUUCUCAGAAUAACGCGAAGGUGGCGGUGCUGGGAGCGUCGGGAGGAAUCGGACAGCCGCUCUCCCUCCUGCUGAAGAACAGUCCUCUGGUGAGCGAGCUGUCUCUGUACGAUAUCGCUCACACGCCCGGCGUCGCCGCCGACCUCAGCCACAUCGAGACCAGAGCCAAGGUCACGGGUUUUAUCGGAGCUGAUCAGCUGAGCGCGGCUCUGAAAGGAUGUGAAGUGGUGGUUAUUCCUGCCGGAGUUCCCCGUAAACCUGGUAUGACACGUGAUGAUCUGUUUAACACAAACGCCACCAUCGUGGCCACUCUGGUUGAUGCGUGCGCCCGUACCUGCCCCGAGGCCAUGAUCUGCAUCAUCGCUAAUCCCGUGAACUCCACCAUCCCCAUCACUGCGGAGGUGCUGAAGAAGCACGGUGUGUACAACCCUAACAGAGUGUUCGGAGUCACUACACUGGACAUCGUCAGAGCAAACACCUUCAUCGCUGAGCUCAAGGGUCUCGAUCCGGCUCGCGUCAACGUUCCUGUGAUUGGAGGCCACGCCGGGAAAACCAUCAUUCCCCUGAUUUCACAGUGCACUCCGAAGGUGGAGUUUCCCGCCGAUCAGCUUUCCGCUCUGACCGAGAGAAUUCAGGAGGCAGGAACUGAGGUGGUGAAGGCCAAAGCUGGAGCAGGUUCUGCCACUCUGUCGAUGGCCUACGCUGGAGCUCGCUUCACUUUCUCUCUCCUUGACGCCAUGAACGGGAAAGAGGGAGUGGUGGAGUGCGCAUUCGUGCGAUCAGAGGAGACCGAGUGUAAAUACUUCUCCACACCUCUGCUGCUCGGGAAAAACGGCAUUGAGAAGAACCUGGGUCUGGGGAAGCUCUCUGCGUUCGAGGAGAAGCUCGUGUCUGAAGCUCUGGCUGAACUCAAGGGUUCCAUCAAGAAAGGAGAAGAUUUCGUGGCCAACAUGAAGCUGUGAGCGUCCGACACACAACUCCGCCCACCUAACAAUCAUUAUUUAUAAAAAAAUAAUAAUAAUCAACUCUAAAUUUCCCACAUGGCCUCUGAUUUUCCUGCUGACUGAGGAGCCGAGACUCGAAUCCACACUCCAUCUGCAAACAGUCGGCUUCACCAGCUUCAACACACACGUCCGUUUUCUUUUUUACGUUUGUGUCUCUGUGCCGACGCCGAUCAUGAUGUGCUGUGUUUAAACGUCCAUAUUGACCCGGUCUAAAUUAAAAUAAAAUAUUCAGAGAAAUUAUGAACGACUCUGUACAGUGCAGUGAAACUCAUCACACACACACACACACACACACACACACACCUCACUGCUUUAGUGUAAGUGCAGUAACAAAAAUAUGAUGCUGAAUAAUAAAGAACAUUUAUUCCAAACA